GAUGGGAGCGUUCGUUUGUGCCGCUCGUCGCCGGGAUGGCACGGGACUGGGGAAGCCCUGAUUGUUCCUGGAGGGCUUCUCCGGUUUUUGGUGAGCUGCUGCGGGGCCCUGGGGGUGCAGCCCGGCCGCCCCCUGCUCCCCAAGGGUCCCACGGGGACGGAGCCCGGCCCUCCCUGCUGCCGGAGCGGCUCACUGAUGCAAAACUGCGUCUCCCACCGCAGCGCGGUGCCCACGGGUCGGGCAGAGGAGGAAACGCGGAGCCGAGGAUCUGCUUCCCCCUCCUGGAGAUGCGGGAGAGCAGCGCUGAGCGCUGAGCGCCGCUCGGUGCCGCGGUCGGGCGGCGCGGGGCUCCCGGUUUGGCCAAACGUGUUGCCAAAACGGGACCGGGAUUUUGGUGGGGGGGCUGCUGGGACCCGAAGCGGAAUGCUUUCGGCUGUCGGGGACGCGCUGCGCUGGGAGCUGCUGGAUUCGGUGAGCCAGCCCACGACGUCGGACGAGACGGUGGUGGCCGGCGGCACGGUGGUGCUCAAGUGCCAGGUGGAGGACCCCGACGACUCCUCGCUGCAGUGGUCCAACCCUGCCCAACAAACCCUCUACUUCGGGGAGAAACGAGCCCUCCGGGACAACAGGAUCCAGCUGGUGAGGUCCACGCCGAACGAGCUGACCAUCAGCAUCAGCAACGUGAUGCUGGUGGAUGAGGGGGAGUACACCUGCUCCAUCUUCACCAUGCCCGUGCGGACCGCCAAGGCCCUCGUCACCGUGCUGGGAAUCCCCCAGAAACCCCAAAUCUUCGGCCACGAGCAGCCCAUCGAUGAGGAGAAGAUCGCCCGGCUGACGUGCCGGUCCUCCGGCAGCAAACCCGCAGCGCAGCUCCGGUGGAAGAAGGGCAAUAAGGAGCUGAAGGCUGAGGGCAUGGAGGUGGUGGAGGACUCCCACAACAAGACCUUCACCGUCAGCAGCCGGGUGGAGUUCCGUGUCACCAAGGAGGACGACAACGCCGAGGUGACCUGCACGGUGGACCACGAGUCCUUGCAGAACUCGGAGAGGUCGACCACGCAGAAGCUGCAGGUCCACUACAAACCAACGGCGAAGAUCGAGCCGCAACCCCAGUACCCGCGGGAAGGCGAGAAGCUCCAGCUGCAGUGCGACGGGCAGGGCAACCCCGUCCCCCGGGAGUUCCUAUGGGAGAAGGAAGGCAGCGAUCCCCCGCAGCAGCUGAGCUCCGAGAGAGUCCUCAUCUUCCCCUUCCUCAACAAGAGCGACAGCGGCACCUACAUCUGCACGGCCACCAGCUCCAUGGGCAGCGUCAUCGCCAAGUACAACCUGGACGUCAGCGAUCUUCCCCAGCUCCCCACCCCACACGUUCACUCCACUCCAGCCCCUCCGCCGGGCCCUUCCCAGCCCAUCUCUCAUGCUUCCAUGGCCACCGCUUCAUCCUCCACUCCAGCUCCCAUCCAAGACGCCAGCCCGGUGCUGUCAACCUCCAGCACGUACCACGCGGUCAUCGGCGGAGUGGUGGCCGUCAUCGUCUUCCUCCUGCUCAGCCUCCUCAUCGUGCUGGGACACUACCUGAUCAGGCACAAAG